AAUCACCACGACGACGACACGAGCAGUUCAGACACUGUUGUUUACAUUUUUUUUGCAUUAUCAAGAUAAGUCAAUAAUUUUAAGCUUUUCACGUCGAAAUGUCUGAUUUUUCUGAACAGGAGUAUGAUGAAGAGCAAGAAGGGACUGAUGAACCUGAGUUAGAACUAGAAGCAGGCGAAGAAGAAGAACAAGAGGACCAAAAAGAAGAAGAGAAUAUCCCGGAGAAAACUCUGACAAAAGAAAUGGUAGAAGAUGGUCUUUCACUUCUAUGCAAGACUGGUAAUGGUCUUGCUCAUGCAUAUGUAAAACUGGAUUUGAAGGACAAGGAAGUAACAGAUAUCAACAUCUUAGCAUUAUACAUCCAUCUACGAUACAUAGACAUCUCUGGCAGUCUACUUCGUGACAUUUCACCUUUGAACUCAUUGACCCAUAUAUUAACCUUGAAGUGUGACCGUAAUCUGUUAACCUCUGCUAAGCUUGAUGAACUGCCGUACCUUCAGAAUGCAAGUUUCACAAACAAUCGAAUCACAACGAUGGAAGGCUUGAACCAUCCACUUCUGGAAGUUCUAAACAUGUCUUUCAAUGAAAUCUCAGUAAUCAGUGGACUGGAGCCCUCAAAGUUGGGUCGACUACACACACUGGAGUUAAGAGGCAACAAGCUAACAACCACAGCUGGAAUUUACUUGCCUAACUUGAAAAAUCUUUUCCUUGUAAGUAUGGAAUCAGAUAGUUCAUCUUUUAUUACAGAACUUUGUAUCACAGUUUAAUAUUUUUCACUUAUAUAAAAGAAUGAUAA